AUGAAGGAAAUCGAACUCAGACUUGCACUCGUGCUUUAUGGCGGCGUUUCGCUGGCCAUUUACAUGCAUGGUGUAAGCCGGGAGAUUCUGAAUCUUGUUCGCGCCUCCAGUUUCAGGUUGGACAGAAACGGCGGCAAUUCCAACGAUUGCGAGACACAUCCACUGCAGCCGGUGCAGUGUGCCUAUCAGGACCUGCUCGACCUCCUGUCCGGUGUUGCCGACAUACGCGUCGUUGUCGAUGCCAUUGCAGGCGCCUCGGCCGGUGGUGUCAACGGCAUCAUGCUGGCCAGGGCGAUCGCCCAUGACCUGCCGCUCGAAAGCCAUAGCGAGAUGUGGCUUGAAAAUGCGGAUGUUACCCGGCUUUCACGCCCCCAAUCGGGUUUGUCCCGAUACCUGAAACUCUCCAUCUCACCUGUUCUCGACCAGUUGAUAUCAACGCGGCUGAACAAGCAGAUCGAAAGUGUUGAGACCCGGGAAAAGCUGCGCCAGUUCAUGCAGGCAAGGUGGUUCUCACCGCCAUUUUCCGGAGAGCGUUUCAUUAGCUGGAUGCUUGAUGCCUGCCGCAAGAUGGAAAAUGGCGACGACAGUGAAAGGACGCUUAUUCCGCGUGGGCAGACCCUGAAUCUCUUCGUCACGAUUACCGAUUACAACGGUGUCAAACGACGGAUUUUGCUGGACGACCCUGCAUAUGUGGAGGAAUGGGAUCAUCGACGGAUCCUGAAUUUCCGCGCUGUACACCGCACACCUGGAUAUGUCGACAGCCAGUUUGACUCGGACAACAUACCGGAACUCGUUUUUACGGCCCGCGCCACAUCGUCCUUCCCGGGGGCAUUUCCGCCCGCAACCGUGGCCGAGAUGGAGCGAGUCUUGUCGAGGAAAGGGGUUGCCUGGCCCUACCGCGACGACUUUCUCGGGCGUGAACUUUGCCUGACACCCGAGACGAUGGCACAACACUGUUUCGUCGACGGCAGUGUCGUGAUGAACAAGCCGUUUGCACCGGUUAUUGAAAUCAUCGAGGAAAGACCUGCUGCACGCGAGGUUGCAAGACGGCUGAUCUAUGUCGACCCGGCACCGGUUGACGUAAGCGCAACCAGGGAAGGCCCGCUGGAGCUUCCCGGUUUUUUCCGGGUGAUCCUCGCAUCCCUGGCGCAUAUCCCUCGAAACGAGCCGAUCGGAGACGACCUGAAAGAACUGGAGCAGAACAAUCGGCGAAGCCGUUGGCUCUCCCAGCUGAUCGACGCGACGGGACCGGUCGUUGAACAGGCCGUUUCGAGCCUGCUGCCGACACGGCGGGCGAUCACGGCAGAAGUGUUGUCCAGAUGCAGGCGGGAUGCGACGACCACAGCCUUCGAACAGGCAGGGUUUGCCUUCCUGAACUACCAGUCCCUGAAACUGCACGCGCUUGCAGAGCGGCUCGCCGGCCUGACCGGACGCAUAAGCAGGUCCCCUGAUGUCCAGAUGCGGGAGGAAGCCGCGCUUUCCCUGUUUUCAAGGCAUUUCAACAAGCUUGCCGCGGACAGCGAGGACGGGCUCGGACGCACGGACCCGCACAUCGUCGCGCUCCUGAGGGGCCUUGACGUCGACUAUCGGAUCCGCCGGCUACGGUUCGCGAUCCGCAAGCUGAACGGCUUUUAUCAUGCGGACAAGGACAGCAAGUUACCGCCACCUGAUGCCAAUGCGCUCGACUACCUGAAAGGUAUUUUAUACGAGCAGAUUGACCAUCUUGGCUGGCGCUGGACGGACAGGUUCUUCGGCGGCAAGAGCCAGGAAUUGUCGGAAGCAUUCCUGACAACGGCGGCCGGCAGCCAAUACGGCGCUGAAGAUCAUGUCGAGCCGUUGCUGGACAGUCUAACCAAGAUGAUGGGCCUGGCCGAUCUCGACCGACUGCACGACGAACUCUUCGCCGAAACGGCGCGAGACCUUCUCGACCGGGACCGGCACAUGUCGUUGCUGCGAUCCUAUAUCGGUUUCGGCUUCUAUGACCUGAUCACAUUCCCCGUCCUGCAGCGAAACGACUUUUCAGAGGUGACCGAAAUCCUGGUCGACCGGAUCAGUCCGAGAGACGCCGACAGUCUUUACACCGAAGGUUUUGAACUGAAGGGCAAGUCUUUGAACGCUUUCGGCGCAUUCUUCAAUCGAAGCUGGAGAGAGCACGACUACCUUUGGGGACGGCUCAAUGCCGCCGACAGGCUUGUCAGCAUCGUCCUGUCGGCCGCCGGCGAGGGCGUUCUGCCGCAACCACAGGUCAACCAGGCACGGGCCCGGAUCUUCCUUGCGAUCCUUCAGGAGGAGCGUGAAAAACUGUUGACGAUCCCUGAAGAAAUCGACCGGGUCGACGACCUGAUACGCUCGAUUUAUCCGGAUUUCGCGCAUGUGGAAGAGGAGGCGUGA